CACAACAUCCGCUAUUUCAGAGGAACUGCAAAAGGAGCGGGAGGAGCGAAUAAAACAGAUGAAAGAGCGACAGAAUGAGGAACGGCAGCGGAAGCUGGAGGAACUGAAGGCACAAGCCCUGGCGGCGCAGAAAUUCCGGGAACAGAAGGAAGAGGAACGGCGCCGGCGGAUGGAGGACCUGCGGAAGCGGGAAAACGACCGACGUUCGCAGGUCGAGGAGCGACGCCGCGCGAUACAGGAAGCCGACAACGAACGGCGCCAGUACAUCCUGCAGAAGAACCAGGAACGGGACCAGCGGAUGGAAGCGAAACGGCGCAACGAACGCAGCUCGAUUGUGUUCGCCUUCGGCUCCUCGACACCGCGGAUGCUCGAAACCGCAGACAGUGGCAUGUGUAGCUCGUUCUGGGCUAACCGAAGAGCAACAUCAAUCACAAACGUGGCAUACACGGGGGCACCGCUGACGCGUCGCAGUUCCGAGCGGGAACUGACCGACGGAAGCUCCAAGAAACGUGCCACCUCCGCCAGCGGUCUGGACAGAUCGACGGACGACAUGAGACGCAUGUCCAGUUCCAUGUACGAGGUCUUCAACUGGGCCAGCACUAGCGAGUGCUCGAACAAGAAGUUUACCCUUUCACUGGCCGGUUCCAGCAUCAACAUCGACGAACCGCCCUCUAAAGCGGAACAGCGGGCCGCAGCCGCCGCCGCCGCUCGCAUGGAUGAUUCGGGCGAUAUGAGCUACCAGCGUACCGUCAAUCGACGGAAAACCGAUCUUAUGCCUACCAUUCCUAGUCCUCGCGAUAGCUCUAGAUCAUCUCUCGGCACUCACACCCCCAGAACACCAGGUCGAGCCUUCUCGAUGACUCGGCUAGAUCAGCUGGCUCAGCCGCUGCGCCGCAAUGGCGAACACAUCAGCGCAAUCGUGGAACGCGAACGUCGCCAGGCGUUGGAUCCGGACAAUACCCAGCUGUCGCUGUCCUCGUCCCGUUCGUCACCGACGGCCGAUUCCAGCAGCAAGCGAAUGUCCCGCAGUAUGUCCCAGUUGGCAUCGGCCGGAACUUCUUCGUCCACGAGUACUCGCCGGCACAUCCGGAACACUUCGCAGGAUUCGCAGCAGGGUCGGGGCGUCCGGAAAUCAUCGUUCAAUGCGUCCGGGUCAGGCAGCGAUUCGCCGAUGGGUCGUGCCGACACCUCCAAGAGUAUGUCCCAGCUCAAUACGGCCGGACGUUCCGGUGCCAGUCGGGUGACCCGAACGGAACGACUUCGUCAGCAGCUGAACGGUUCCUUCGGAGGCCAGCAGCAGCAUAAUGGUGGCUUUUCUCCGAACGCAACAGGAUUGCGUUCCGGUGAAAUCACCCCCAACAAUGGCUUGUCCGGAUCAAGGCCGGGCAGUGCCAUGUCCACCUCGACGACCGCUUCCGGAGUCGUGUAUCGCCGCUCGUUGCCAUCGUCCGCCGGAAGCCACCAGCGCAAACCACGGCCGAUCUCGAUCGCCGUCACCGGAGUAUCGAUGGGUCCCAAAGAAGAGAAACCCCCACUCCCGAAACCAUCCUCGGCUGGUUCCAACAACAGCAGCUCCACCGGUUUGGAGCGCAAACGUUCCCAGCAAAGCGGUACCAGCACGCCAGCUAAGCCACCAUCCGGAUCGGCUUCCACCGUGGAAGGUGGCCAUCACAAGAAACCAUCGUCGGAGCGUAUCCAGCGGGUUCCAAGCAUCGGCAACCGCAGCAGCCACAGCACCCCAAAGGCAUCGUCCACACCGCUUCAAUCACCCGGUCCCGAUAAGGCCAAUCGAACGCUGCAGGACUCGCUACAACAACAACACAAAGAGAAGGUUAAGAAACAGCUACCGGUCGACGAUCAGCCCAAGCAACCGCUCUCCAAACAAGGCUCUUCGGUCAGUGCCAAGAGCACCGAAGAGAAACCCGUUGAAAUCAACGAACCAACAAAAGUGCAACAGCAGCCGCCACAGCUGCCGGAACCGCUUUCCGUGCAAUCUGAAACAGUUACCCCAGUUGCUGUCGAAACGGCGAUUGAGCUACAGAAUCAACAGCCAUCGCAACCUGAACAGCAGCAGCAAAUCAUUGUAACCGAAACCAAAACUGAAGAAGUUCACACCGAACUACUCUCGGAGGAGAAACCACAGAUCCUUGAACAGAGCCAUCACGAGGAGAAGCGCGAUGAAACCAAGGAAGAUACCACAGUUACCAGCGGUAACCUGGAACUCUCGGUACAGGACGGUUCCACCGGUGAUCUGAUGACGGCUUCGAUGAUCGCCAAGAAAAUCACUACGGAAGAGGAAGCCAAGGCAGCCCUAGCCGAACGUCGUCGUCUGGCGCGAGAGGAAGCCGAACGUCAAGCCGAGCUCGAGAGGCAACGAAUCGCUGCCGAGGAAGCGGCCGAGCAGCAGCGUCAGUUCGAGGAGGAGGAACGACUCCGCAAGCUGGAAGAGGAAUCCAUCCGCCUAGCGGAAGAGCAACGCCGCCUCGAAGAGGAACGCCUGGAGCAAGCUAUCCAGGAGGCCCAGAAGCGCGACGAAGAGGAGAAGCAACGUCGCGAGGAGGAAGCCCGCCAGAAGGUCGAACGGGAGGAGCAGGAACGCAAGGCUCGCGAGGAAGCCGAACGGCAGCGAGUCGAGAUGGCCGAACGACUUAAGAAGGAGGAAAAGGAACGGGAGGAGCGACGAAAGCGCGUCGAAGCCAUCAUGUCCCGCACCCGGACCAAGGGCAGCGCCAACAAUACGCCGACCAAGCAAACCGAGGAAGCCUCCAAGGAAAGUGCAAUGAGCAAAAGUGUGAUCGUCAGCUCCAGCAAUCCAUCGGUGGCCGAUUCUUCGCUACUGAUGACCAACUCGGUGAUGCUCGGAACCGGUUCGUUGGACCAGGUCGCCGCUGAAACUGGUGCCCCAAGCGAAAAGCCCUCGUCGCCAUCCCUGGAACAGGCCGUCCAAUCGCUUUCGCUCAACUCGGUGGAAGAGCACGAUGAUGCCGCAAGCAAUAGCAUCAACAACAACAAUGACAGCACCAGUGUGAACAACAAUCACAGCAACAACAACGAUCGCAUGAACUACGAACAGUCGGUGACGGAGAAGGAGAACCUGCUAUUGGGUAGCUUCAACAACAACAGCAGUAACGCGGGAGGUGCCGAUAACAGUUCCAGCAGCAGCAACAGCAGUAGCCUGCAGCCAUCAUCACUGGAAUCGUCCGGUUCGGUGCUUCCGGCCGUGGCCACCACCAAUGGCAAAUCGACGCCCGGUGCGACAUCGAUCGCCGAAACGACCGAACUGAUCAUCGAGGACGCCAUCAUGGCCGGCCAAACGAACGGUCACAAGAACGGCAGUAUUGAUAACGUGUUUGCACAAAGCGAACCGAUUGUCGCCGAUAGCAGCAACAACAACAACACUGGUGCCGCCAAAUUCCUGGCGCAAUUCGAAACACCAGUAACAGCACCAUCAUUCUUCGAACAAGAAGCCCUCGAACAGCAACACAAUCAACAACCGGAAUCGAUGGUGUUUGCUGAACGCAUCACAACUGGCAGCGCCAAUCAGCUGAUCGAUUUCGCUAGUUUACAAUCGGAGGAAGGAUCAAAACCCACAGCUCCGAUUUUCAACGACGGAAAUCCCUUCGCUAUUAGUAGUAACAUUAACAACAACAACAACAAUCACAUCGAUCUUUUCGACACCGGAAGCAGUGGUGAUACAACAACGAAUCCCUUCGCUACUGACCUAAUAGAUACUACCGCAACCGUCACCAGCAGCAACAGCAGUAGCAGUAAUAUCAACGAUAUCACCAACCUAAUCAGUAAUAGCAAUUUCCUAAACAAUAACACUAAUAACAGUUCCAACAACACCACCAACUCUACGAGGCUAGUCGCAGCCGCUACGUCGGACAGUCAAGACAAUCGAGACUUGUCGCUCUUGUGAACGAGUAAAUCGUAGCGAGUGAAUAGGAUCGCGCGGUGGUUGUUGCAGUAGAUGCGGCGAAAUUGGUCUGCCUAAGAUGAGCCACCCCAAAUCAGAAUCCUCAGGACCAGCAGACUGGCAGAACAAUCCAAAAUAGAACCAGGAUUAUUGGAAAUGGUGGCGAAUUGUGAAAUCUCUGGCAGUCGAAAGUAACCGCAUGGAUUAGGAUAAAGUUAUAGAAAGUGGCGCCGAGCAGCAGCAGCGGAUAACUAAAAACAAACAAAAAAUAAACUGACUUAAACUUUAAGGGAAAAAACCAUUCAACAAGAAGAGAGCUUUAGGCGACCGAGACGAUCGGGAUUUGGAGUGAAAGAGAGUAUUUUGUUAUAACGUUAGAAACAAAAAGAAGGAAAAUGAUAAGUAAUUAGGUAUGGCUUCAACAAAAAGUAAUCAGUGUUUGAGCGAUUGAUUAUUGUUAGCCUAGUAGUGAGUUCUGAGAAGUUAGUUAGGUGAGUUGAGGAACGCAAUUGAAAAAGCAUGUAUGAAAGGAAUACGGAACGGAUCUAAAUAAUUUGCUAAAAAGUGUAUAUUAGCGAUACCGAUAGCUACCUACCUAUUAUUAACUGAUAAUACGAUUGAAAUCAAAAGAAGUUCUACUAUUACUAUUAACACAUUAACUAAAAACGCUAAUGCCGCAAAAAAAAACAACUAAAACACACACAGAACAUUUCCGCGCAUGCCAGGAAGCUGCUAGUAGAGGAUGAAAAUUAUAUUUCUGCGUAGCUAGAGAGCUAGAGUUUUUUUGUUUCCUGUUUUCACGUUAUUUAAUUUUUCAAAUAACCAAUCGUGCGAAAAACAGCAGUUGAACAAAAAAGGCAAAGUCUACACAGAGAGAUAAAAUCAAAUUAGCAAAUGUGAUGGUGGCAGUUUGUCGUGCAAAAAAAAAAAAAAAAAUCGGAAAAGCUAGAAUGGAUUGGAAAAGCAAGAGGAAAAGUUACUGUUUUCCGAAUUGAUGGAUCAAUGUUCUUCAGUGGUUUUCUUUUUUACAAAUUUUUUUUUGAUAGGUCUCCCUAUAGAAAGGAGAAACCGCCUUAUAGGGAUCGAUAUUGAGAGGAUUGUUAACUUUAGAAGGAAACAUGUUUAUUGUUUUUAAGUGUCUAUUUCUACGACAAAUUUUGUUAGAAUAGAACCAUGAUCGGAAUGUUCUUGGCUGUCGAGUGAGAACUUCGAAAGGCAUCUCAGAUUAUAUUUUAAUACUUACACAGAUGAAAAAAAAUGUAUCAAUUGUAGAAACCAGUACGGUAUAGAUUGUUUAUUUUUGAACAUAAUAAUAGUGAACAUAAAUUGUACCUAUUUUUCACUUUUCGCUAUAAAUUUUUUUGUCAAAUAUACAGAUUGUGUACUUCAACAGAAAUAAACCGAAAUAUCUAAUAUUCAUUUGAAAAUAUAUAGGAAUUUUGUAUCAAAAAUUCAAUUGGAAAUCAAAUUUCUUUAUCAGUUUAUUUUCAAAACUUGGAUGAGGAUUUAGAAAAAAAUAAUUCUUCCUUUCCUUACAUUUUAUUUAAUGUAAUUAAACGAACUAUCAAUUCGAAAAACAGCUUUUGCCAACGCUGGUGCUAAUCGUUGUAAAAUAAAACUAAAAAAAAGUGUAUAUCGGCUCCCUCUUAAAAGCUUAAAGUUGUGCAACUGUACGAGUUAAAACUCAAAUUUUGCUAAAAAACAUACUGCUGAGAAAAAUAAAUACAUUUUAUCGAUAUUUGAAGUUUUAAGAGAACAAUAAGAAAAAAAAAACAAACCAAUAACACAAACUCAAUCAUUAUAAGCACUGUAAAAAAAAGUAUCUAGAACAAUUACUAUUGAUUGAACAACAGCAAACACCAUACCGAAAACUUGAAUAGGGAAAAACAAACAUUUGCAAGAGAAAUUUAUACUGAUUACCAAUUGCAUACAUAUUUGAAAUCAAACACAUAUAUUUUUGGAUAACGGAUAAGAAAAAGUUUUGCAAUCGCGUUUCUACGAGUAACAAUGUAUCAAUGUUUGCCCCGAAAAUUUGAAUAAUCAGCUUAAAGUAAAAAAAAGAAAGAAAAAAUGCAAUAGCAUCAGACAUAAGCCUUUCAAGCUUUCGAUAACGGUUUGAUUCUUAACUAAAAAUUGUGGACUACACUCAAAACGAUUGAUGAAAAGAAAACAAAAAUCAAAAAAACCUUGAAUUGAAUUCAGCUUGUUUCUAAGUUUUUAAGUUUAACAUUUUAUGUUUUGUUAACUCAAAGAAAUAUUCAAAUAUAUUCAAAACAACAAAUCAAAUCAAUUUAAGCAGAAAAAAAUCACUAAAAUUAGAUUAGAAGAUGGAGGAAAAAACCAAUAUAUCAUUUCAAGAAAUGGGUGAUGAAUAGUAUAGGAUAAAAUUGUCCCACAAAACUAGGUACUCCCACUUGAAAUCAGCUAGAAAAAAAAAAUAAAUACAAUAGAAACACCUCAGUGCAUGCUCGGUCGCUGAGACUUUAAAACGGUAAUUGAUUAGUGAAGAAAGAAAGAGGAAGAAAAAACUAUAGGUAACAUGUGGACUAGAGAAUUGAUUAAUUAUAAAAUAAUGAAGGAACUCUGUUUAACAAAAAAAAAAAAAAAACUGAUUAUAAUAACUCUUAGUAUUCUAAUCUGUUAACUUAUGUAUAGACAAAAAAAAACACACGCGCACUAGGAGAUGAUGAAAAGAAAGAAGCAAAGCAACUGAUCUGCAUACCCAAAAACACACACACAAUAUUCAAAUGUGUAAUUAUUAAAAAAAAACGUUAAGGAAAACAUUUAAAAAUUCUAUAACAUACAUACACAUAUGCUAUAAGUGGGACAUUUUUUUUCGAAGAAAUUAUCAAAACGCAGGAAAAUGGUAUCAAGUGCAGUAUAGGUGCAUUAGGUAAAAACGGACCGAAAGGGUAUCCAAUUUGUUGGUUGGUGGUCAGAAAGGAAGCGAAUCCGUUAAGUCAUUACUAAAGUGAAGAAGGGAAGGGAACAGAGUUACGUUGUUGAGUGUAAGAAAAAAGAAACCGGAAACUAAUCCGAGAGUAAACGAUCGAAAAUAUGUAGUAGCGACAAUGAAAAUAAAAAAGUAAAACGAGAAUGCGCGCGAGAUAAUUUGAAGCGAAAAAGAAGCAUAACUUGAGGUGAAAAAAAAACUAAACAUCAAUCCCGAACGGCGAUUGAUGAAUGAUCGAGCGAUGAUAACGCGAAGUUUAGUAAGCAAAUUAUAUAUUAAUAUAAAUUAACUUAUGAUUUUUUGUACGUUUUCUUUAUGUGCAACACAUACAUACCCUACCCUACACACGUGUGUGCUGUUGUGCGCAAACACACAACACAACACACACACGAAAACCCCAUACACACACAACAGACAUUGAUAUGUUUCGAUAAUAAAGCAUAAGACAAAUACCAUAAA